AUGGCUUCAGCGAAGCACCCGGAAGCGGCCAUCGAAGAGCGAAAACGCGAUUCGUCAAGCCAAGGCAGCACGCCAACUGCGACAGCGGGUCAGGAUCUGGAUGCAGCAUACUGGUUUGUGCAACGAUCCGGGAACCACAAAGAUGAAGAGGCGACUCCGAACGAAUUGAGGGCCUUGCGCCGAAAGAUUGACUGGAGGAUUGUGCCCAUCAUGUUUCUUUGCUACACAAUGCAAUUCAUUGAUAAGGUUUCAUUGAAUUAUGCUGCUGUCAUGGGGCUCAAUAAGAACCUGAAAUUGAAGCCGAACGAGUUCUCGAAUGCGGCGACGUGGUUCUUUACCGCUUACCUGAUAGCUGAGGUCCCCAAUGCUAUUGUACUUCAAAAGGUGCCAGUGGCAAAGUGGCUUGGCGCGAAUGUUGUCCUCUGGGGCAUUGCGACCGCCUGCACAGCUGCUGCAAAAGAUUAUGGCACUUUAUUGGCAGCAAGAAUCUUCCUCGGGAUCUUCGAGGCCGCAAUUGCUCCCUCGUUGAUGCUGAUCAGUAGUCAAUGGUAUACGAAAUCCGAGGCAGCACCGCGUUUCAGCAUCUGGUACAUGGGUUUGGGGUUCGGCCAAAUCAUUGGAGGAGUAGUUUCCUACGGAUUUCAACAAGUCAAAGGCUCUUCUUUCCAGGGUUGGAAGAUCAUGUUUGUCGUCUUGGGGCUUGUCACCGUCCUCAUUGGCUUUCUGACCCUCAUCUUUCUGCCGGAUACGCCCAUGAAGGCUUCGUGGUUAUCUGAAGCCGAGAAAGUCGUCCUCUUGAAACAUGUCGCCAUCAACCAGACAGGUAUUGACCAGAAGAGGGUCAAUCCAAAGCAGAUUGUAGAACUUCUGCUCGAUUUGCAGCUAUGGCUAAUGACAAUUCUGACGAUCUUAAUUUCGAUCUCUAGUGGCGUUGUUACGACAUAUUCCGCAACCUUGAUCAAGAAUUUUGGAUACACGCCGCCCGACGCUGCGCUUCUUAAUAUGCCUUCAGGCAUUGUAUCUAUCAUAAGCACUUUGGUUGUCGGCUUUGGUGUCCGACAUACAGCAAAUCGAUGGGCCUGGUUAGUCCUUUGUUGCAUUCCAGGCAUCAUCGGUGGCGGCUUGUUAUCUUUUGGGAAGGGGAAGGCUCCUCAACUGGCUGGUAUCUACCUCGUCAAUGCCAUCACUGCGACUCUGAUCGUUAUCUACCAAUGGACGGCAUCAAAUGUAGCAGGACACACCAAGAGAGUCAUUGCGGUUGCUCUGAUCUCUGGAAGUUUCAGUGUCGGAAACAUCAUUGGACCUCAGACCUUUCAAGCGAAGGAUGCGCCGAAGUACACUCCUGCAAAAAUCACCGUACUCGCAACCCAAGCAGCCGGUGCGGUCAUGUCAUUCGUACUCUUCUCGUACUAUGUCUGGGCAAACAAGCGCAGGAGCGCAACGCCCGUCGAGACAGUAGUCGAAGGUGAGCAUAUGGAGCAGCUAUAUGCAGAUCAGACCGACAAGGAAAACAAGACCUUUAGGACAAAGUCCGAUAGUGGGACAAUGAGGCGCAGUCUAGUGAGCGAUGCCGCUCCUCCGAAAGAUGCAGAAGUAUUUUAUAGAGCAGGCUUUCGGAGCAUCCUAUCAACAUUUGUCCCAGUAGACAUCAUGGCAACAGUUCUAUCGAACGGAACUUCUUCUGCAGUCAAGCCACACGUCCUCAUCAUCGGCGCUGGCAUCACUGGGCUUGUGCUUGCCCAAUCUCUCAAGAAGAACGAUAUUCCUUUCACUAUUUUCGAGCGUGAUCCCUCUGUGUCUUUCCGAGGUCGCGGUUGGGGUCUGACAAUUCAUUGGUCUCUUGAUACCUUCAUCUCGCUCCUGCCGCAGCAUCUGGUUGACCGUCUCCAUUCCGUGUAUGUAGACCCUGACGCUAGUGCGAAAGGCGAAAACGGAAAUUUUCUAUUUUUCGACCUGCAAAACGGUGAAGCAAGGUGGAAGGUGCCGCCGGCGAACAGAAUACGCGUUUCUCGAGAGCGAUUGAGAGCACUGUUAUUGGAUGGACUGGAUGUUCAAUGGUCCAAAAGCUUGACCUCUAUUUCUACUGACGACUCUCCGCAUGAAGUCACAGCUCAUUUUUCAGACUCUACCUCUGCGAUUGGUACGCUCCUCGUCGGUGCUGAUGGCAUUCAUUCACGGGUGCGCCCUGCACUCAUAACCCUCUCCCAUCAGCCCUCCUCGCUGGGAAAGAACACUUCCCUUCCCGUGCGCCUACUGGGCGUAACCAUCACCUAUCCUCCGCCUCUAGCCUUGAAAUUGCGGGCUCUCGAUCCUUUUUUCUUCCAAGGUGGCGACCCUGCAACCGACACCUUCUUGUACUUCUCCUUUCUCGAUACUCCAUCGAGCUACAAAUUGCGUGAGGGGCAAGAGACGGGUGGAUAUGAGUGCCAGAUCAUCAUCAGCUGGCCGUAUCGUCCAGGAUGGCAUGGACAGGAUAGACCUUCCGAAAUUCCAGCAAAUGUUGAGGACCGUGUGCGAUUCAUGAAAGACGUCACGAAAGAGUGGGCUGAGCCUUUUCGGGGGAUGGUACAAGCAAUUCCGGAGCAGGGAGCGGAUGUAAAAGCCAUCAAGCUGGAAGAUUGGGUGCCCAAGAAAGGAGUGUGGGGUACCUUAGGUGGAAGAGCGACAAUGAUCGGAGAUGCGGCGCAUGCUAUGACUAUGUUUCGAGGCGAGGCUGCCAACCACGGCAUCGCAGAUAUUGCAGUCCUUGUGCAGCAUCUACUUCCAAUACUCCACGAUACUCAGGAAAGUCCCAACCGGCAGCCGUCUCUUCUGAAUGCUAUCAACGCGUAUGAAUCAGAGAUGAUGAAGCGCACGGGACCUGCUGUGCUUACUAGUCGUCGCGCGUGCAUGGAUGCUCAUGACUACGCGCGCAUCAAUGAUCAGAGUCCUUUGGUCUCAAAGAGGGUGAUGAUAACGGAGGAUGAUACAUGA